CGAGACCAGACGCGGAGCUAUGGCCGAGCUGCUGCGGACGCCGGCCGGGAGAUGAUCGAUGAACACGUGCACGAAGAAAUGGGCAGGACAAUCCAGAGAGAUCGCGUGUUCUGAGGACAGCACAGCCAGGCUGCGGAUGCUCGAGUACACGGUCCAGAUGGGGAAGAUCAACGCAGAGUGGGUCCCAGAGUGGGUGGAAGCUUGGGCUCUAGGGCGUGCGGGACUCAGCUGGCAGCAGCCCCACGUCUCUGUGGUUCUAAAGCCCAAUCCGUUUCUGCUCAGCAGGGAGACGGCCAGUUCCCCAGAGAACUUGUCCAGGGUCCCAGCUGUGGCUCUGGGAGGGCUCAGGGGUUGGGGAGGGAGUAUCCCGAGGCCAUGGGCCCUCCCUCUGUGGCUUGGGGUGCAGAUGUGCACCACCCUGCCCUGUCCUCUUGAGUCCUCUGGGCUCAUCUGAGUGGGCGCAUUCGGGUGGUGCAAACUCUGGACGGCAUCGUGUGUCUUUUCUUCUCUGGCUGGCACUGAAUUGCUGUUCACCAGAUGCCAGCAAUGAGGACACUCCCCCUCCCGGAUGCAGGACUGGUUGCCACCACGGGGAGGGGUGCACUGUGCCACAUGCUCCCAGGACAUUGGCCAGGGGGCUAUAAAGAACAUCUUGAGAGGAGCCAGCACAGCCUUGUUCAGACGCCCAGUGACGUGCCGAGGUUGGCAGCACAGAGCUCUGGAGAUGAAGACCCUGUUCCUGGGUGUCACUCUCGGCCUAGCCACUGCCCUGUCCUUUGCCCUGGAGGAGGAGGAUAUCACAGGGACCUGGUACGUGAAGGCCAUGGUGGUCGAUAAGGACUUUCCGGAGGACAGGAGGCCCAGGAAGGUGUCCCCAGUGAAGGUGACAGCCCUGGGCGGUGGGGACUUGGAAGCCACGUUCACCUCCAUGAGGGAGGAUCGGUGCAUCCAGAAGAAAAUCCUGAUGCGGAAAACGGAGGAGCCUGGCAAAUUCAGCACCUAUGGGGGCAGGAAGCUCCUGUACCUGCAGGAGCUGUCUGGGAGGGACCACUAUGUCUUUUACUGCAAAGACCAGCGCCGUGGGGGCUUCCACACGGGAAAGCUUGUGGCAUCUGCUCCCUGCAGGGCCGUGCCACUGUCCCCACCUCGGCUCACCUGGCCACCUCACCCGCAGGGAGGAAUCCUGAUACCAACCUGGAGGCCCUGGAAGGAUUUAAGAAAUUGGUGCAGCGCAAGGGACUCUCGGAGGAGGACAUUUUCACGCCCCUGCAGACGGGAAGCUGCGUUCCCGAACACUAGGCAGCUCCUGGGUCCGCACCUCCAGAGCUCACCCUACCGCCAGACACAGAGCCUGGACCACCUGGACCUACCCUCCAGCCAUGACCCUUCCCUGCUCCCACCCACCUGACUCCAAAUAAAGACCUUCUCCCCCA